UUAUCUAUGACUCUGACUCUCACCUAACCUAACCGAAAAUGAGUGACAUCUGAACAAAUUUUGUAUCAGUUGACUUAUUUUUCAUUAAACAUGAGUGUGAUUCUUCAGUAUGUUAUUGUUCGAAAAGACUUAUUGCUCAAAGAACACAACUGGCCGGUAGGUGCUGUUAUUGCACAAGCAUGCCAUGCAGUUACUGCUGUAACCCAUCUUUUUCACGAUGAUGAACACACUAAAAAGUAUUUAGAAGAUCUAGAUAAUAUGCAUAAAGUGGUUCUUGAAAUACCAAAUGAGAAAGAAAUCAUAUCUCUCCAUGAAGUUCUCGAAAAAAAUAAUAUAAAGCACAAGUUGUGGAUAGAACAACCAGAAAACAUACCGACCUGCUUGGUUCUUAAACCUUAUCCUAAAGAUGAAGUUAAAGCAUAUUUCAAAGAUUUGAAAUUAUUCAAAAACCCCUGAUGAGAGAAAUCAGCUUGGUGAAGUUAAAAAAAGCUUUUCUGAUUGCUGACUGGGAAGUUUUUGGGAAUAAAACUGAAAUAAUGAGUUUUCCAUUAAAAAAUAUUUUAUUUUCAUCAGUCUGUACAACUGUAAUCAUAUAACACACUCUAUAAGAGUAUCUGCCUAAAUAAUAUAAGUGAACAAAUACAUGUACUUAUCAAUGAUAAAAUCACAUUAGAUUGCAUAAAAAUAAAUAUUUACAUAAUUCCUAA